AUGGGAUCAGCGGGAACCAGGCAAGGCUCCCCCUUCAAACCACAGUCCCAGAAGCACUUGGGAAGUUACAGGUCGAGAGAGCCAUGGUCCCUGUCUGGAAGUGCAUGUGGAGUGGAGCUUGUCCUGAGCCAAGGCCCUCCAGCCACUAGGGAAUCUCCAUCUGCCUAUGGCUUCCCCACCAUUGAUCUCUUUACAGCUCUCCUGGCCUCUCACCUGGGCCUCCAGCUUCUCAUGGGCAGGGCCUGCUCCCUCACUCAGACUCCAGACUUUUGCCUGAGCCCCAGGUUCAGCUCCCCUGGCCAGCACUCCCUGGCCGUGGACAAGCUGUCUUCUAGCUGA